AUGGCGCCCCAGUUGGAACCCUUUUUCAAACAAGUUGACCAGUUGUCAGACUCUUUCAUUGAUCGACUGCGGAAGGCCGUUGCAAUCCCCUCGAUUUCAGCUCAAGAUGAAAACAGAAAGGAUGUCUUCAGGAUGGCCCAGUUUCUCACCUCGGAGUUAGAAGCCCUGGGAGCUGAGGUUGAACAGAGGCCCCUGGGCAAGCAGCCCGGAAAGGAACAUCUUGAUCUUCCCCCGGUUGUCCUUGCUCGAUAUGGGAAUGAUAAAAACAAGCGAACCAUUUUGGUUUAUGGACACUACGACGUUCAACCAGCUCUGAAAGAAGACGGGUGGGCUAGUGAGCCUUUUGAGUUGACCAUUGACAGUGAAGGAAGGAUGUUCGGCCGUGGCAGUACUGACGACAAGGGUCCCGUUUUGGGUUGGAUAAAUGUGAUUGAGGCUCACAAGAAAGCUGGUGUCGAGUUCCCAGUUAACCUUCUUUGCUGUUUUGAAGGAAUGGAGGAAUAUGGCUCUGAAGGUUUGGAGGAGUUCAUCAAGUCCGAGAGCAAGGCAUUCUUCAAAGACACAGAUGCCGUUUGCAUAUCAGAUAACUACUGGCUCGGUACAGAGAAGCCUUGUCUAACCUAUGGAUUGCGAGGUUGUAAUUACUACUCUGUCAGUGUUUCUGGUCCCGCCCAGGAUCUGCACAGCGGCGUCUUCGGUGGCUCAGCCCAUGAGCCCAUGACAGACAUAGUCACUGUACUGUCGAAGCUUGUUGAUCCUCAAGGCAAUAUCUUGAUCCCAGGCCUUAUGGAUCUCGUCGAGCCUCUGUCGGAAGAAGAAAAGUCCCUGUAUAGCGGAAUCAGCUAUACAAUGGACAAUCUCCAUGAGUCACUGGGAAGCAAGACAAGCAUUCAUCCGAGCAAGGAGAGAACACUCAUGGCCAGAUGGAGAUAUCCAUCUUUGUCUAUCCAUGGAAUCGAAGGCGCAUUCUCCGCUCCCGGUGCCAAGACUGUCAUCCCGGCCAAAGUCAUUGGCAAAUUUUCCAUCCGGACCGUGCCAAACAUGCAAAGUGAGGAUGUGAACAAACUUGUCUUUGACCACAUCAAAUCCGAGUUUGCAAAGCUAAACAGCAAAAAUACUUUGGAUGUGUGUCUCCAGCACGAUGGGAAGUGGUGGGUUGCUAGUCCACGGCACUGGAACUUCACUGCUGCUAGCAAGGCUGUCAAGCAGGUAUUUGGAGUUGAACCGGACAUGACGCGUGAGGGUGGAAGUAUUCCCAUUACGUUGACCUUCGAAGAGGCAACAGGGAAGAAUGUUCUGCUUCUGCCAAUGGGAAGCUCUACUGACGGAGCACAUUCGAUUAAUGAGAAGCUUGAUAAGAGAAAUUAUCUGGAAGGUAUUAAGCUGCUUGGGGCAUAUUUGCACUAUGUGGCGGAGGAACCUGCAGAGGCUUAA